CUCAUCCUUCAGUGAUUUUAAGACUCUCUCUCUCUCACUCACAAAACCAAAAGGAAUCAGAGAAAUUAGGGUUUAAUCGCAGAAAUGGCAAUGGCUGGACGAAUCAGAUCGACUCUCCCUCUCUUCACAAAGGCUCUCCGCUCCGAUUCCCUCUCAGCUCACCGAUCUGCGCUCGCUCUCGCCGACUCUCAGUUCUCAAGGAACUAUGCCGCUGCCACUGGGCAAAAGGAGGAGCGGGUUAAGGUGCCUUUAGCUUUGUUCGGGGGAUCUGGAAACUAUGCGUCUGCAUUGUACAUUGCAGCAGUAAGAACAAAUUCUGUGGACAAGGUUGAGACUGAGCUUCUUGACCUUGUUGAGGCUAUUAAGAGAAGUCCUACUUUUGCCCAGUUCACAAGGGACCACUCUGUCCCGGCAAAGACCAGAGUGAAGGCUAUCCAGGAAAUUGCAGGUGGAGCUAAAUUUUCAGAAAUUACAAAGAAUUUCUUAGUUGUGUUGGCUGAGAAUGGGAGGCUAAGGAACAUAGACAGCAUUGCCAAGAGAUUUGGGGAUUUGACCAUGGCAUAUAAGGGAGAAGUCAAAGCUAUUGUGACUACCGUCAUUGCCCUUCCACCAGAAGAGGAGAAAGAACUUAAAGAAACACUUCAAGAUAUUAUUGGACGGGGGAAGAAGGUUAAGGUCGAACAAAAGAUCGAUCCCAGCAUACUUGGUGGGCUUGUGGUUGAAUUUGGGCAAAAGGUCUUUGAUAUGUCCAUCAAGACCAGAGCACGCCAGAUGGAAAGGUUCUUGAGGGAGCCAGCAAACCUUGGCAACCUGUAAAAGGUGUUUAACAUGAAUUUCCUCAGAUGUUUAAAGGACAAGAUUUUUUUUCCUAUUUGAUUUUGGUGCUUAUAAACUCACUCACCUAUGGUUGAAUGCCAUCCUUUGCAAAUAAGAAGCUACUUCUUCACAUCUGUUCACAGCAAUUGAUUGUACAACUCUCUUUGAAUGGGUUUGUGUGCAUUUUUACUCGGAAACUUUAAGGUCAUACCUACUCAAUAUCUCUGUUCGGAUAUUGUUCAAAUAUUUAAUGAUAAGAGGCACAUUUUUAUUGCAA